UUCAAUGUAAACAGUAUUUGCAAUUCACUGUAUUAACAAGAUUUUUACGUAGGUAUACACAGUUGAUUUAUAAAUAUCUACUAAAAAAGUAAAAGUAUUAUUGUGGUAUGAAUCUAAAGUGACUUUUUUAUGUAAUUAUUUGAUAAUAGCAGUAGUAGAUAUAAAACAAAAAUAAUACGGUAAUUCAUUUAGAGGUACGAUUACCUCUAAGAAGGAACAGCAAUUUGGAGGAAUCAGUGUGAAUGGUCAACAAGUAGAAAGAGUAAAAGCAUGCACCUACCUUGGUACGAACGUAAAUGAAAAUUGGGGCCAUUCCAUAGAAAUCAAAUGUAGGAUAGAGAAAGCAAGAAAAAAUGCAUUUCAAAAAUGGCUAAGUUAUUCAAAUGUCAUGAUUUGUCGAUACCCAUAACAAUCAGAUUACUGCGAUGUUAAAUCUUUUCUAUAUUGUUGUACGGAGUUGAGUCGUUGACACUCACAUACGUCACCUGCAAGAAAAUUGAGGCUUUUGAAAUGUGGCUUUAUCGUCGAAUCCUGAAGAUAUCUUAUACCGACCACAUUACUAAGCAGGGUGUUUUGCUGAGAAUGCAAAAAGAAAAAGAGCUGCUAAUCACAACAAAAACAGCCAAAAUCGAAUACCUCGGUCACAUCAUGAGGAGCAGUGAAAGAUAUGGACUGCUGCAACUAAUCUUGCAAGGAAAAGUAGAAGAAAAGCGGGGACCAGGAAGGCGAAGGAUUUCCUGGCUGAAAUAUCUACGUACGUGGUUCAACACAACAACCACAAAUCUUUUUAGAGCAGAAGUGUGCAAAGUACAUAUUGCCAAGAUGGUCGGUAACAUCCGAAAUGGAUAGGCACUACAAGAAGUAGAUUUAGAGGUACUUUUCUCAAAAAGAAAAAACAAUAAAAAAAUGAAUGCUAUUUGAAAAUCUUUAUUAUCACACAAAAGAUCCACUCUUUACAAUUCCUUCUUAAAGAUAAUUAAUUUCUUUUAAUUGUUGGUCGUGAGUCGUGACUGCGGUUAAGAUACAUUUUGAAGUUUCAAUUCUCGAUGACACGUACGAAUAUUUAGAUUGGUAUUUGACCAAUGACUCGGGUAAUAUUCGCCUCCAAUGCCUCAAUCGUAGCCGAUUUAUUCAUGAAGACUUUGGAGUUGUUCUUGUACUUCGUGUCGUUCUCGCAGUAAAGCCAUGCAUUCACGGAUUGUAUGUCGUCGAGACCACGAGCUUCAAUUUCAGACACCAAAUAGUCUGUUAUCAUGGCGCGAUAACGGUUUCCAUUCAAAGUAACAUUUUGGCCGGCCUCUGUUUUAAAUAAAUAUGGACCAACGAUUCCACUGGCCCAUACACCACACCAAAUAGUUGGUUUUUCCGAAUGUUGGCUAGCUUCAAAGAAACCAAGAUCCUUAGUUUCAUACGACAAGUCAAGCUGUUGAGAAUGACGACGAAUCGAUUCUUCAUUAUGGCUUGAUUACACGUAACGAGUAUUGUGGCGAGACAGUGUUCUCGGCCGAGUGCUCGUUUGGUAUAAACAUGCUACCGAGUACUCGGCCGAGCACUCGACCCAGUCAGAUGGCUAGACAGUAACUUGGAACUUGUUCUAUUUACUAGGCCGAGUCUUUGACCCCCCUCCCUUCAAUCGUAUACUCGCCAGUCCACCACUCGGUAUGUGUAAACAACACUCGCUGUUCGCUGUGCACAUUUAUUACCACUUCAUCAUAUCAUAGGAAACGACGCGCGACGUGUGUUAAAUCAGUGUAAUUUGUGAUUCUAAAAAAUGGCCAACAAAUGGAAUUCUAAUACGACAAUAAAGUUUAUCCAAUUAUAGUCACACCCGUGCUUAUGGAACUUCAAAUCUUUGGAGUACAAAAACAAACAAAAACGUGAUGCAGCAUAUACAUCCAUUGUACAAGAAAUAAAUAUUGUUGGUUUCGGAAGUCAAGAAGUCAAAAAUAAAUUAAAAAAUUUAAGAUCGACAUGUAGCUAAGAAAUCAAGAAAAUCAGUGGAAUCAAAGAAAUCGGUAGCUGGAAUAGAACACGUAUAUUCGCUCUGAGCGUUAACAAAGUGUCAAAGCAAAAUCGACCGACCUGCUCAUGGUGGUGGUUUUUUGAAAUUUUAUCAGGACGCUUUGUGUAUGUUUAAAUGAGACAUUUAAAAAAAAUGCCGUGUCACGCUAGUGAUAUUAUAUAUUAAUAUAAACAGAAAAUAAAAACGCACUUAACCUGAUAUAAAUUCUUUUAUUUCCAAUAUUGAUUAUCAGUUUGAUUUUGUAUACAUAACCUCACUAUCGCAGUUUAUGUCAAUAAAUCUUUAUUAACGAAAAAGAAAAUAUUUUUGUUGCACUAUAAAUUACAGUAUAAAUUAAUAACUAAUGAAUUCUAACAAUUGUAUUCGGUUAUUAUCACUACAAAAUAAAAUAUUCAAGUUUAACAAAAUAAUCCCAUAAGACUCAAUGUUAAAACGUCCUGACAAAAUCUGACAGCGUGCCACGUGACUGUAAGUAGAGGGGAGAUGCACGGAGCCAAUACCUCAAAUAUAAAAUGUCUCCAGGAAAUGGAAGAGGUCUUCAAGAACGACCUCAACAGAAAAACAAUUGAAAAUACGAAUCAGCCAGCCAACGAAAAUGAUGAUACUGAACAACGUGGUUCUAAUUCAGAUUACCAAAUUAUCGCCGGUCAACAAGUGAAUAAAGUCAAAGAUUCGAGUACCACGGCCACAACUUCUACACCAAUCAGUAACAAGACUGACACUCCUUCGCGAGGGAAGAAGAGGAGCCGAGAUAUAGUGAAAGCUAUAUCAGAUCUGAAAACCCUACAUGAAGAGGUUAACUCUGUAGAGGAAACGCCAUUUGACAUUUUCGGAAAAAGUGUUGCAAUGCAACUUAAAACUUUUUUGACGCAGAAUGCUUUGCUAGCCCAGGCCAAAAUUCAGAGCGUUUUGACCGAGAUUGGGAUACACGACUAUCGGAAAAGGACCGGAUCCCUUUCAUUGAUCACAAAUUUUAGUAGUCCAGUACCAUCACCUUUAGAUUCAAAUAGCAAUACUACAAAUGUUGAUGAACAUACAUCUAGUUCUAAUUCAGAACUCACAUCACUCGAAACCGGUACUACCAGUAUUAUAACAUUAGCUCUAAACAACGCUUAUAACUGUUGAUAUGACAAUGAAUUGAAUUAGUAUAAAAAUUUUGAAAUUUAUGUUUUUUCUCUAU